CAAUUUGGAAGUUUCAAGUGUUUACGGGUCAAAAUGAUAAAUCCGAAGCCAAGGGUAUAAUAGUAUUUUUGAUAUGCAUUACCCUUUUCUUUGUUAACACUUCUUGGUUUCAUCUCCUGCCCUGCCCAAGAGUCUUCUUUUUAGUACGAACUUCAAAAUACACCUUACCCUGCUUCACCCAACACACACAGUAUCUCUCUCUCUCUCACACACAGUGACUAUGAGACCUUCCACCACUGGAUCCCUCCUACUCCUCCGCAUCGUCCUCCUCUACUCCGCCGCAGUCGUCGUCUCACAACCUGCCAACGCUGCCUCCACAUCCUCAACUCUUGACCCAAAGCAAGUAAGGGCACUCCAAUCUCUCUACAUUCCAACAACCCAUGACCCCUGCACCCAACCUUCUUUUCACAACGCCACCGUCUGUGAUAACGGCACUCCCUUCCGCCACCUCCUCUCCCUCCGGCUUUCCAACUGCUCCGAGGACCUCUCCCUUUCCACCACAGCCCUUUCCUCCCUUUCUACACUCACCUCCCUCAGCUUUGUAGACUGCCACGUUCCCAUCGUCCACUUCCCCACCUCCCUCUCCAUCAACCUCCUAUCUUUCACAUCCAUCAACUCCUUACAACGUCUCACCGGCGUCUUCCUCAGCCGCUUCAGUAACCUUACAGAACUCGACAUCUCCGGCGAUUCCAUCAAAGCAUCCGGCAUCCACAUUAUAACCUCUAACAUGAAGUCUUUGAACACCCUAACCCUAUCAAACACUAACCUCACUGGAUUAAUCCCAAAACAUUGGUAUCCGAAGCUCUCGCACAUGGAUUUGUCGGAGAACAAACUCAAUGGUACUAUACCCACAUCUUUAACACUUUUGGAAAACCUUAGAUUCUUGAAUUUAUCUUCGAAUCAACUCACUGGAGAAAUACCCUCUACAAUUGGUGACUUGAUUUCUCUUCAAAAUCUCUCUUUAUCAUCAAAUUCGUUAUCUGGCUCGAUUCCGGGAUCAAUUUCCACUAUUUCAAGAUUAGUCCAUUUGGAUCUGGGUUCGAAUCAGUUAAACGGUACAAUUCCCAGAUCCAUCAACGAAAUGAAGGGAUUGAAGUAUCUGAAUCUGGAAAACAACAAUUUCCAUGGAGUUAUGCCUUUUAAUGCGUCGUUCAUCAAGAAAUUGACUGUGUUCAAGAUAAAUGGAAAUGACAAUCUGUGUUACAAUCACUCUUCGAUUUCGAAAAAAGCAAAGCUUGGGAUUGCUCCUUGUGAUAAACAUGGACUGCCCAUUUUGCCUCCACCGGCGGCUGAUGAGCCGUCGUCAUCUGUGGAUGAUUUGAGCAGCGGUGACUAUGAUGAUGGUGGUGAUAGUGGAAAGAAGAAAAAGGGAGAUGAUAGUGAUCAUGGUCCAAAUAAGGUUGUUCUUGGAGUGGCAAUUGGGCUUUCGGCUGUGGUUUUUCUCAUUAUUUUCUUGAUUAUAUUAUCCAAAUGUGGUGGUAGAUGCUGUGGAUGUUGUUAGAUUAGCCAUUAUAGAGUUUGGAUUGAAUAUUUGGUUGAUUCUUUUGCUGAAGAAUGAAGGAGAUAUACCUCGGAAAUGAAGCUAAAAAUUGCUUGUUUUCGGACACAAGGGAUUGACACGUAAGAGAAAGAUUAGUCUCACUUGAUAAUAAUUAUGAUCAAAGAUCUUAAGUGGGAUAUGAUGGCAUGUGUUUAUUUUUGUUUGUUUGUAGUAACAUUAUUUGAUUAUAUAUUUUUUUUUCUCGAACGGCAUUUGUAUUCUUUGAAUUUGGGAAGAGUUGUGGAUUGGAGUGUAAUUUGUACCAACUCUUAUGGAGGGGAUGUAUGUGCAACCAUUCGUGGUUGUGAUGAGUUGUAUCAUGUGCUCGUUUUCUUGAGGAUGAUUUUUGCCUUGUUAUGAGGUUCACAUGAAUGUUACUUAAUUUUUUGCUUUA